GAGGGAGGGAGUGGGGAAAGAGGCAGCGAUCCGCCGCAGUUCCCGGCCGCAACUCCCAAACUCAGCGGCUUGCUGCCUGGACAUGUCCUGACAAACUUGGCUUCUCCUCGGCCCUCUCCGUAGCCCUCGCGCACUCUCAUUUCGCCUCCUUUUGGUGUGCAACUUUCCACCCAGGACGGGAGCCUCCGGAGAUGUGGCCACCUGGGUCCGGGCAGCGCCGGCGGAUCGCGCUCUCGUUGGGGACAUGCUGAAGAUCCGAGGGAGUCAAAGUUGGUACUUCAGAUACGGCUUUUUAACAAAUAUCUAAAUUACGUGGGGAUUACGGAGCUACCGAGGACUUUAAAGCCUGCAUCCAAGGACUCGGCUGAACUGGCUAAAGGAUCAGGAAAACGUGUCGUCGCGAGUCUGGAAUCUCCAUCUCUGGCUCUCGGCUGUUCCUGUGGCGAAAAAGUGCAACUUCUUCAGGCAAUUAGGUUUCGCAGUGAGCCUGGAAAAUCGGGAUUCCCAAACAGAUGUUUUAGCUCUAAUAGGCGUUUUUAUUUAUUAAUGAAUGAUUCCUGAGGGUUAAGCGAUGGGGAGACCUGUGGCCUUGCUCCUGCUCCUGCUCCUCCAGCGUUUUGGAGACGGCGACGGAAGCCAAACCCCUGAGCAGAGUCCUCUCCAGUUUACACACUUCCAGUACAAUGUCACGGUGCACGAAAACUCUGCAGCUAAAACCUACGUGGGCCAUCCUGUAAAGAUGGGUAUUUACCUUACAAAUCCACUGUGGGAGUUAAGGUACAGAAUUAUCUCCGGGGACAACGAAAACCUUUUCAAAGCUGAAGAGUAUGUCCUUGGAGACUUUUGCUUCUUAAGAAUAAGGACCAAAGGAGGAAAUACAGCUAUUCUUAAUAGGGAAGUAAAAGACCAUUACACAUUGAUAGUCAAAGCAGUUGAAAAAAAUACUAAUGCUGAAGCCCGAGCCAAGGUCAGGGUGCAAGUGCUGGAUACAAACGACUUGAGACCGCUGUUCUCCCCCACCUCGUACAGUGUUUCGUUACCUGAAAACACAGCCAUAAGGACCAGUAUUGCCAGAGUCAGCGCCACAGAUGCAGACAUAGGAACCAACGGAGAGUUUUACUACAGUUUCAAAGAUCGAACAGAUGUGUUCGCUAUUCACCCGACCAGCGGUGCCAUAGUUUUAACUGGUAGGCUCGAUUACGCAGAGACCAAGCUCUAUGAGAUGGAGAUUCUUGCUGUGGACCGUGGGAUGAAACUGUAUGGUAGCAGUGGUAUCAGCAGCAUGGCUAAGCUGACGGUUCACGUGGAACAGGCCAACGGAUGUGCUCCUGUGAUCACGGCGGUGACGCUGUCUCCAUCAGAACUGGACAAGGACCCAACAUAUGCAAUCGUAACCGUGGACGACUGUGAUCAGGGGCCCAAUGGGGAAAUAGCUUCUUUAAGCAUUGUGGCAGGUGACCUCCUUCAACAGUUUAGAACAGUGAGGUCCUCUCCAGGGAGUAAAGAAUAUAAAGUCAAGGCAGUUGGUGGCAUUGAUUGGGACAGUCAUCCUUUUGGCUACAAUCUGACGCUACAGGCUAAAGAUAAAGGAACCCCUCCCCAGUUCUCUUCUGUGAAAGUAAUUCAUGUGACUUCUCCGCAGUUCAAAGCUGGGCCAGUCAAGUUUGAAAAGGAUGUUUAUAGAGCAGAAAUCGGUGAGUUUGCUCCUUCCAAUACCCCCGUGGUCAUGGUGAAAGCCACGCCUAGUUAUUCUCAUUUGAGGUAUGUUUUCAAAAGUACCCCCGGGAAAGCUAAAUUCAGUUUAAAUCCCAACACUGGUCUCAUUUCCAUUUUGGAGCCAGUUAAAAGACAGCAGGCAUCCCAUUUUGAACUUGAAGUAACAACAAGUGACAGAAGAGCCUCGACCAGAGUGUUGGUUAAAGUCUUAGGUGCGAACAGCAAUCCCCCUGAGUUUACCCAGACUGCUUACAAAGCAUCUUUUGAUGAGAACGUGCCCAUUGGUACGACGGUCCUGAGCGUGAGUGCCGUGGACCCCGAUGAGGGGGAGAAUGGCUAUGUGACUUACAGUAUUGCCAAUUUAAACCACGUGCCCUUCGUCAUUAACCAUUUCACUGGUGCCGUGAGUACUUCAGAAAACCUGGACUAUGAGCUGAUGCCUCGGGUUUAUACUCUGAGGAUUCGAGCGUCAGACUGGGGCUUGCCAUACCGCCGGGAAGUUGAAGUCCUCGCCACGGUGACCCUCAAUAACUUGAAUGACAACACACCCUUGUUUGAGAAAAUCAAUUGUGAAGGAACUAUCCCCAGGGAUCUAGGUGUGGGGGAGCAAAUAACUACUGUUUCUGCGAUUGAUGCUGACGAACUUCAGUUGGUCCGAUACCAGAUUGAAGCUGGAAACGAACUAGAUUUGUUCAGCCUAAACCCCAGCUCUGGGGUGUUGUCCCUAAAGCAGUCCCUACUGGAUGGCUUAGGGACCAAGGUGUCAUUUCACAGCCUGAGAAUCACGGCCACAGAUGGAGAGAAUUUUGCCACACCGUUAUACAUCAACAUAACUGUGGCUGCUAGUCGCAAGCCAGUACACUUGCAGUGCGAAGAGACGGGCGUUGCCAAAAUGCUGGCGGAGAAACUCCUGCAGGCAAAUAAGUUACACAGUCAGGGAGAGGUGGAGGACAUUUUCUUGGAUUCCCACUCUGUCAAUGCGCACGCGCCACAGUUCAGAAGUACUCUCCCCGCUGGUGUUGAGGUAAAGGAAAACCGUCCAGUGGGUGCCAGCAUAAUUUUCAUGAAUGCUACUGACCUGGACACUGGCUUCAAUGGAAAACUGGUCUAUGCCAUUUCUGGAGGAAAUGAGGAUAGUUGCUUUGUAAUUGACAUGGAAACUGGAAUGCUGAAGAUUUUAUCUCCGCUUGACCGUGAAACAACAGACAAGUACACCCUGAACAUUACAGCAUCUGACCUUGGUAUACCACAGAAGGCCGCUUGGCGUCUUGUAGACAUCAGAGUUCUGGAUGCCAAUGAUAAUCCCCCGGAGUUUUUACAGGAGAGCUACUUUGUUGAAGUGCGCGAAGACAAAGAGGUAGAUAGUGAAAUCAUCCAGGUUGAAGCCACAGAUAAAGAUUUAGGGCCGAAUGGACAUGUGACCUACUCUAUUCUCACAGACACAGAUAAAUUCUCCAUUGACAGCGUGACUGGAGUUGUUAAAAUUGUGUCCCCUUUGGAUCGCGAAGUACAGCAUGUGCAUUACUUAAAGAUUGAAGCCAGGGAUCAAGCCAGAGAAGAACCUCAGUUGCUUUCCACAGUUCUUUUGAAAGUAUCAUUAGAGGAUGUUAAUGACAACCCACCUAGGUUCAUUCCACCUAAUUACCGUGUGAAAGUUCGCGAAGACCUUCCAGAAGGAACCAUAAUCAUGUGGUUGGAGGCCUAUGAUCCCGAUUUAGGUCAGUCUAGCCAAGUGAGAUACAGUCUGCUGGACCACGGAGAAGGACACUUUGAUGUGGAUAAACUCAGCGGAGCGGUCAGAAUUGUCCAGCAUUUGGACUUUGAGAAGAAGCAAGUGUAUAAUCUCACCGUGAGGGCCAAAGACAAAGGGAAGCCGGUUUCUCUGUCUUCCACUUGCUAUGUUGAAGUUGAGGUCAUUGAUGUGAAUGAGAACUUACACCCACCAGUGUUUUCCAGCUUUGUGGAGAAGGGGGUAGUGAAAGAAGAUGUCCCUAUUGGUUCCUCAGUAAUGACAGUGUCUGCUCACGAUGAGGACACAGGAAGAGACGGGGAGAUCCGCUAUUCCAUAAGAGAUGGUUCUGGUGUUGGUGUUUUCAAAAUAGACGAAGAGACAGGUGUCAUAGAGACCUCAGACGGACUUGACCGGGAGUCCACCUCCCAUUACUGGCUAACAGUCUAUGCAGCUGAUCGGGGUGUCGUGCCUCUCUCAUCGUUUAUAGAGAUCUACAUAGAGGUCGAGGACGUCAAUGACAACGCCCCACAGACAUCAGAGCCUGUUUAUUACCCAGAAAUAAUGGAAAAUUCUCCCAAGGAUGUAUCUGUGGUCCAAAUAGAGGCAUUUGAUGCAGAUUCUAGCUCUAAUGACAAGCUGACCUACAAAAUUACAAGUGGAAAUCCACAAGGAUUUUUUUCAAUACAUCCUAAAACAGGUCUUAUCGCAACAACGUCAAGGAAACUGGACCGAGAGCAGCAGGAUGAACAUAUAUUAGAAGUUACCGUGACAGACAAUGGUAGCCCCCCCAAGUCAACCAUUGCUAGAGUAAUUGUAAAAAUCCUUGACGAAAAUGACAACAAACCCCAGUUCCUACAAAAGUUCUACAAAAUCAGACUCCCAGAGCGGGAAAGACCAGAACGAGAAAGAAACUCCAAGCGCGAGCCCAUCUAUCGUGUUAUCGCUACAGACAAAGACGAAGGUCCCAAUGCAGAGAUCUCUUACAGCAUUGAAGAUGGAAACGAGCAUGGCAAAUUUUUCAUUGAGCCAAAAACCGGAGUGGUUUCGUCCAAGAAGUUCUCUGGAGCUGGAGAAUAUGAUAUCCUUUCAAUUAAGGCAGUUGAUAAUGGUCGCCCCCAAAAGUCGUCAACCACGCGACUCCACAUUGAAUGGAUUUCCAAACCCAAACCAUCCCUGGAGCCGAUUUCAUUUGAAGAACCGUUUUUUACCUUUACUGUCAUGGAAAGUGACCCGGUUGCUCACAUGAUUGGAGUGAUAUCUGUGGAGCCUCCUGGCACGCCUCUUUGGUUUGAUAUCAUUGGUGGCAACUAUGACAGUCACUUUGAUGUUGACAAGGGCACCGGAACGAUCGUUGUUGCCAAACCUCUUGAUGCAGAACAGAAAUCAAACUAUAACCUCACAGUCGAAGCCACAGACGGAACCACCACCAUACUUACACAGGUAUUCAUCAAAGUAAUAGAUACAAAUGACCAUCGUCCUCAAUUUUCUACAUCAAAAUAUGAAGUUGUUAUUCCUGAAGACACAGUGCCAGAAACGGAAAUUCUGCAAAUCAGUGCUGUGGAUAAGGAUGAAAAAAACAAGCUCAUCUAUACACUGCAGAGCAGCAUUGAUCCAUUGAGUCUCAAGAAAUUUCGUCUUGAUCCUGCGACAGGCUCUCUCUAUACUUCUGAAACACUUGAUCAUGAAGCCAUCCACCAACAUGUUCUUACCGUCAUGGUACGGGAUCAAGAUGUUCCUGUGAAGCGCAACUUUGCACGGAUUAUUGUCAAUGUCAGUGACACCAAUGACCAUGCCCCCUGGUUCACAAGUUCCUCCUAUGAAGGGAGGGUUUAUGAAUCUGCAGCUAUUGGCUCAGUAGUGUUGCAGGUUACAGCUCUGGACAAGGACAAAGGGAAGAACGCUGAAGUGCUGUACUCGAUCGAAUCAGGAAACAUUGGAAAUUCUUUUACCAUUGAUCCCAUCUUGGGCUUAAUAAAAACUGCCAAAGAAUUAGAUCGAAAUAGCCAAGUGGAAUAUGACUUAAUGGUGAAAGCUACCGAUAAAGGGAAUCCACCAAUGAGUGAAAUAACUUCUGUGCAUGUCUUUGUGACAAUUGCUGACAAUGCCUCUCCUAAGUUUACAUCAAAAGAAUAUUCUGUUGAAAUCAGCGAAACUGUCGGCAUUGGGAGUUUUGUCGGAAUGGUUACAGCGCAGAGUCAGUCGUCAGUGGUAUAUGAAAUAAAAGAUGGAAAUGUAGCUGAUGCUUUUGAUAUUAAUCCACAUUCUGGAAGUAUCGUCACUCAGAAAGCCCUGGAUUUUGAAACGUUGCCCGUUUACACAUUGAUAAUACAAGGAACUAACAUGGCUGGUUUGUCUACUAACACAAGUGUUUUAGUGCAUCUACAGGAUGAAAAUGACAACUUGCCAGUCUUCAUGCAGGCAGAAUAUACGGGACUCAUUAGCGAAUCAGCUUCAACUAACAGCGUGGUCCUAACAGACAAAAAUGUCCCAUUAGUGAUUCGAGCAACUGAUGCUGAUAAAGAAUCAAAUGCUCUGCUUGUGUAUCACAUUGUUGAACCAUCUAUACACAAAUAUUUUGCUAUUGACUCUAGCACUGGUGCUAUUCAUACGGUACUGAGUUUGGACUAUGAAGAAACAAGCACUUUUCACUUCACCGUACAAGUGCAUGACAUGGGGACACCACGUUUAUUUGCUGAGUAUGCAGCUAAUGUGACUAUACGUGUAAUAGACAUUAACGAUUGCCCUCCUGUGUUCUCCAAAUCAUUAUAUGAAGCAUCUCUUUUAUUGCCAACAUACAGAGGAGUAAAAGUCAUCACGGUAAAUGCUACGGAUGCUGAUUCAAGUGCGUUCUCACAGUUGAUGUACUCUAUCACCGAGGGCAACAUUGGGGAGAAGUUUUUUAUGGACCACAAGACUGGUACUAUAACUGUACAAAACACAACUCAGCUAAGAAGCCGCUAUGAGUUAACCGUUAGAGCUUCUGAUGGCAGAUUUGUAAGCUUUACCUCUGUAAAAAUUAAUGUGAAAGAAAGCAAAGAAAGUCAACUGAAGUUUACCCAAGAUUUCUACUCUGCAGUAGUGAAAGAGAAUUCCACUGAAGCCAGAACAUUAGCUGUCAUUACUGCCAUUGGGAACCCAAUCAACGAGCCUUUGUUUUACCAUAUCCUCAACCCAGAUCGCAGAUUUAAAAUAAGCCAGACUUCAGGAGUUCUGUCAACCACUGGCAUACCAUUUGAUCGUGAACAGCAGGAGGCAUUUGAUGUGGUGGUAGAAGUGACCCAAGAACACAAGCCUUCAGCAGUGGCCCAUGUCAUUGUCAAGGUCAGCAUAGAAGACCAAAAUGACAAUGCACCAGUGUUUGUCAACCUUCCUUACUAUGCUGUUGUUAAAGUGGAUACCGUGGUGGGCCACGUUAUUCGCUACGUUACCGCCGUUGAUAGAGACAGUGGCAGAAAUGGAGAAGUGCAUUACUACCUUAAAGAGCAUCACGAGCAUUUUCAGAUCGGAUCCUCAGGUGAAAUUUCACUGAAAAAGCAGUUUGAACCUGACACCUUAAAUAAAGAAUAUCUUGUCACAGUGGUUGCAAAAGACGGAGGAGACCCAGCGUUUUCGGCUGAAGUGAUAGUUCCGAUCACUGUUAUGAAUAAAGCCAUGCCUGUGUUUGAAAAACCUUUCUACAGCGCAGAGGUUCCGGAGAAUAUCCAGAUGCACAGUCCGGUUGUCCACGUACAAGCCAACAGUCCAGAAGGGUUGAAAGUGUUCUACAGCAUCACGGAUGGAGAUCCUUUCACCCAGUUUACUGUUAACUUCAACACUGGAGUUAUAAAUGUCAUAGCCCCUCUGGACUUCGAGUCCCACCCGGCUUAUAAACUGAGCAUACGAGCAACCGACUCCUUGACCGGUGCUCAUGCUGAAGUAUUUGUUGACAUCAUAGUGGAAGACAUCAACGAUAACCCUCCUGUGUUUGGUCAGCAGUCUUAUGCCGCAACCCUGUCUGAGGCAGCUGUCAUCGGCACGUCUGUCGUUCAAGUUAGAGCGACAGAUUCUGAUUCAGAACCAAAUAGGGGAAUUUCAUACCAUAUGUUUGGGAACCAUAGCAAGAGUCAUGAUCAUUUUCACAUAGACAGCAGCACCGGCCUCAUUUCGCUAGUCCGAACUUUGGAUUACGAGCAGUUCCAGCAACACAAGAUUUUUGUAAGAGCUCUGGACGGUGGCAUGCCCCCCCUGAGCAGUGAUGUGGUUGUGACAGUGGAUGUCACAGACCUCAAUGACAAUCCGCCACUGUUUGACCAACAGAUUUAUGAAGCCAAAAUCAGCGAACACGCCAUGCAUGGGCAUUUCGUGACCUGUGUGAAAGCAUAUGAUGCAGACAGCUCAGACAUAGACAGGUUGGACUAUUCCAUUCUCUCUGGCAAUGAUCAUAAGAAUUUUGUCAUUGACGGUGAAACGGGGAUCGUCACACUCUCAAACGUGCGCCGGCACACCUUGAAGCCAUUUUAUAGUCUUAACGUUUCUGUUUCUGAUGGAGUUUUUAGGAGUUCAGCUCAGGUUCACGUAACUGUAAUUGGAGGCAAUCUGCACAGUCCUGUUUUUCUUCAGAGCGAAUAUGAAGUGGAGUUAGCUGAAAAUGCUCCCUUACACACGCUGGUGAUCGAGGUCAAAGCAACUGAUGGGGAUUCUGGUAUUUACGGUCACAUUACUUACCAUAUUGUAAAUGACUUUGCCAAAGACAGAUUUUACACAAAUGACAGAGGACAGAUAUUUACUUUGGAGAAACUUGAUCGAGAAACUCCAGCAGAGAAAGUAAUCUCAGUUCGUUUAAUGGCUAAGGAUGCCGGUGGAAAAGUUGCUUUCUGCACCAUUAAUGUCAUCCUUACAGAUGACAAUGAUAAUGCACCCCAGUUUCGAGCAACCAAGUAUGAAGUGGACAUUGGGUCCAGUGCUCCCAAAGGGACAUCCGUCAUUAAAGUUCUUGCAAGUGAUGCCGAUGAGGGAUCCAAUGCCGAUGUCACCUAUGCCAUUGAAGCAGAUUCUGAAAGUGUCAAGGAGAAUUUGGAAAUUAACAAACUAUCUGGCAUAAUUACUACAAAAGAAAGCUUAAUUGGCUUAGAAAAUGAGUUCUUCACUUUCUUUGUGAGAGCUGUGGAUAGUGGGUCUCCGUCAAGGGAAUCUGUGGUUCCUGUGUAUGUUAAAAUACUUCCACCAGAAAUACAACUUCCAAAAUUUUCGGAACCGUUUUAUACCUAUACGGUUUCAGAAGACAUGCCUAUUGGAACAGAGAUAGACCUCAUCCGAGCAGAACAUAGUGGGACCGUUCUUUACAGCCUAAUCAAAGGGAACACUCCUGAAAGUAACAGGGAUGAGUUCUUUGUGAUUGACAGACAGAGCGGCAGACUGAAACUUGAAAAGAGUCUUGAUCACGAAACGACUAAGUGGUACCAGUUUUCCAUACUUGCCAGGUGCGCUCAUGAGGACUACGAGGUGGUGGCAUCUGUAGAUGUUAGCAUCCAAGUGAAAGAUGCAAAUGAUAACAGCCCUGUGUUAGAGUCUAACCCGUAUGAGGCUUUUAUUGUUGAAAACCUGCCAGGGGGGAGUAGAGUCAUCCAGGCCAGGGCAUCUGAUCUGGAUUCGGGAACCAAUGGCCAAGUCAUGUACAGUCUAGAUCAGUCACAAAGUGUGGAAGUCAUCGAAUCUUUUGCCAUUAACAUGGAGACAGGCUGGAUUACGACCCUCAAGGAACUUGACCAUGAAGAGAGAGACCAUUACCAGAUUAAAGUGGUUGCAUCAGAUCAUGGUGAAAAGGUCCAGCUCUCCUCCACGGCCAUCGUGGAUGUUACUGUCACCGACGUCAACGACAGCCCCCCACGAUUCACGGCAGAGAUAUACAAAGGGACCGUGAGCGAAGAUGACCCACCAGGCGGUGUCAUCGCCAUCUUGAGUACCACAGAUGCCGAUUCUGAAGAAAUUAAUAGACAAGUUACAUAUUACAUAACAGGAGGAGAUCCUUUGGGACAGUUUGCUAUUGAAAAUAUACAGAAUGAAUGGAAGGUGUUUGUGAAGAAACCUCUGGACAGGGAAAAAAGGGACAAUUAUCUUCUGACUAUCACAGCAACCGAUGGGACCUUCUCCUCAAAAGCCAUAGUUGAAGUGAAAGUUCUUGAUGCAAAUGACAACAGUCCCGUCUGUGAAAAGAGCUUAUAUUCGGAAACGAUUCCAGAAGAUGCCUUUCCCGGGAAGCUGAUCAUGCAGGUGUCUGCUACAGAUGCAGAUAUCCGCUCCAAUGCUGAAAUUACUUACACAUUAUUUGGUCCAGGGGCAGAAAAGUUCAAACUAAAUCCAGACACAGGUGAACUGAAAACAUUAGCCCCCCUUGAUCGUGAGGAGCAAGCAGUUUAUAACCUGCUCGUCAAGGCCACAGAUGGGGGGGGUAGAUUCUGUCAAGCCAGUAUUGUGCUCACAUUAGAAGAUGUGAAUGAUAAUGCCCCUGAAUUCUCAGCCGAUCCGUACGCCAUCACCGUGUUUGAGAACACAGAGCCUGGGACGCUGUUGACUAGGGUCCAGGCCACGGACGCAGAUGCAGGACUGAAUCGGAAGAUGUCCUACUCGCUGGUGAACUCUGCUGACGGGCAGUUCUCCAUUAAUGAAUUCUCCGGAAUCCUUCAGUUAGAAAAACCCUUGGACCGAGAAGUGCGGGCCGUGUACACCCUUACUCUGAAAGCCGUAGACCAGGGUUUGCCGAGGAGGCUGACGGCUACCGGCACUGUUGUGGUGUCCGUCUUGGAUAUAAAUGACAACCCCCCUGUGUUUGAAUACCGUGAGUACGGCGCCACCGUGUCUGAGGACGUUCUUCUCGGCACAGAAGUUCUCCAGGUGUAUGCGGCCAGUCGGGAUAUCGAAGCGAAUGCGGAAAUCACCUACGCAAUAAUAAGUGGAAACGAACAUGGAAAAUUCAGCAUAGACUCCAAAACAGGGGCCAUCUUUAUCAUUGAGAACCUGGAUUAUGAAAGCUCUCAUGAAUAUUACCUGACUGUGGAGGCCACUGACGGGGGGACACCUUCAUUAAGUGAUGUGGCCACUGUGAGCAUUAACGUAACUGAUGUCAAUGACAACUCCCCUGUGUUCAGCCAAGACACCUACACAGCUGUGAUCAGCGAAGAUGCCGUCCUUGAGCAGUCUGUCAUCACGGUUAUGGCUGACGAUGCUGACGGACCUUCGAACAGCCACAUCCGCUAUUCAAUUACAGAUGGCAAUCAAGGAAGUCCAUUUACAAUUGACCCUGCCCGGGGAGAAGUAAAAGUGACCAGGCUUCUCGACCGGGAAACAAUUUCAGGUUACACACUCACAGUCCAGGCUUCUGAUAACGGCAGUCCGCCCAGGGUCAACACGACUACCGUGAAUAUCGACGUGUCAGACGUCAACGACAACGCUCCGGUCUUCUCCAAGGGAAACUACAGUGUCAUUAUCCAGGAAAAUAAGCCCGUGGGUUUCAGCGUACUGCAGCUGGUAGUGACCGACAGGGACUCCUCGCAUAACGGCCCACCCUUCUUCUUUACCGUUGUGAGUGGGAAUGACGAUGGAGUGUUUGAAGUGAACCAGCAAGGGGUCCUUCUCACAUCAGCUGCCAUAAGGAGGAAGGUGAAAGAUCAUUACCUACUGCAUGUGAAGGUGGCCGAUAACGGAAAGCCUCAGUUGUCAUCUUUGACGUAUAUUGACAUUCGGGUCAUUGAGGAGAGUGUCUAUCCGCCUGCAAUCUUGCCACUAGAGAUUUUCAUUACUGCUUUUGGAGAGGAAUACUCAGGCGGUGUCAUUGGGAAGAUUCACGCAACAGACCAGGACGUGUAUGACACUUUAAGCUAUAGUCUUGAUCCGCAGAUGGGCAACCUCUUCUCUGUUUCCAGCACCGGGGGUAAGCUGAUAGCACACAGAAAGCUAGAUGUAGGGCAGUACCUUCUCAAUGUCAGUGUAACCGAUGGGAAAUUCACGACGGUGGCGGACAUCACGGUGCACAUCAGACAGAUAACCCAGGAGAUGCUGAACCACACUGUCGCCGUCCGCUUCGCCAACCUCACUCCGGAAGAAUUCGUUGGUGACUACUGGCGCAACUUCCAGCGAGCUUUGCGGAACAUCCUGGGUGUGAGGAGGAGUGAUGUCCAGAUCGUUAGUUUGCAGCCCUCUGAACCCCAUCCACAUCUGGAUGUCUUGCUUUUCGUAGAGAAAUCAGGGAGUGCCCAGGUUUCAACCAAACUGCUUCUGCACAAGAUCAAUUCUUCUGUGACUGACCUUGAGGAAAUCAUGGGUGUUAGGAUACUGGACGUGUUCCAGAAGCUCUGUGCAGGGCUGGACUGCCCGUGGAAGUUCUGUGAUGAAAAGGUGACCGUGGAUGAGAACGUUAUGUCAACGCACAGCACGGCCAGACUGAGUUUCGUGACUCCCCGCCACCACAGGACAGCUGUGUGUCUCUGCCAAGGUAAUGCACAGGGAAGAUGCCCAGUUGUCCGUCAUGGAUGUGAAGACAGUCCAUGCCCUGAGGGAUCUGAAUGUAUCGCUGAUCCCAGAGAGGAGAAAUACGCCUGUGUCUGCCCGGGUGGCAAGUUUGGUCAGUGCCCAGGGAGUUCAUCUGUAACAUUUACUGGAAACAGCUUUGUGAAAUACCGUCUAAUGGAAAACGAAAACAGAUUGGAGAUGAAACUGACCAUGAGGCUCAGAACGUACUCUGCUCACGCAGUUGUGAUGUACGCUCGCGGGACCGACUACAGCAUCUUGGAGAUUCAUAAUGGACGGCUACAGUACAAAUUUGACUGUGGGAGCGGCCCUGGAAUUGUCUCUGUUCAAAGCAUCCAAGUCAACGAUGGGCUGUGGCAUGCGGUGUCUCUAGAAGUGAAUGGAAACUACGCUCGGCUGGUUCUCGACCAAGUUCACACUGCAUCAGGCACAGCCCCUGGGACUCUGAAAACCCUGAACCUGGAUAACCAUGUGUUUUUCGGUGGCCACAUCCGCCAUCAAGGCACAAGGCACGGAAGAAGCCCCCAAGUGGGUAAUGGCUUCAGGGGUUGUAUGGACUCCAUUUAUUUGAAUGGGCAGGAGCUCCCUUUAAACAACAAACCAAGAAGCCAUGCACACAUUGAAGAAUGGGUGGACGUCUCUCCCGGGUGCUCGUUAACGGCCACCGAAGACUGUUCCAGCAACCCUUGCCAGAAUGGAGGCGUUUGCCAGCCAUCCCCUGCUGGAGGUUAUUACUGUAAAUGCAGUGCCUUGUACAUAGGGACGUAUUGUGAGCUGAGCGUCAACCCGUGUUCCUCCAACCCAUGCCUCUAUGGUGGCACGUGCAUUGUGGACAACGGAGACUUCCUUUGCCAAUGCCGAGGAUUGUACACUGGCCAGAGGUGCCAGCUUAGUCCAUAUUGCAAAGAUGAGCCCUGUAAAAAUGGUGGAACAUGUUUCGACAGCUUGGAUGGUGCCGUCUGUCAGUGUGAUUCGGGUUUUAGGGGAGAAAGGUGCCAGAGUGACAUUGACGAAUGCGCUGCCAGCCCCUGCCGCAACGGGGCCCUCUGCGAGAACACACACGGCUCCUACCACUGUAACUGCAGCCACGACUAUAGGGGGAAGCACUGUGAGGACGCUGCCCCCAAUCAGUACGUGUCCACGCCGUGGAACAUCGGACUGGCCGAAGGAAUAGGAAUUCUCGUCUUUGUGACCGGGAUAUUCUUACUGGCGGUGGUGUUCGUCCUCUGCCGCAAGAUGAUCAGUCGGAAGAAGCAGCACCAGGCCGACCCUGAAGACAAGCACUUGGGACCAGCCACAGCUUUCUUGCAGAGACCGUACUUCGAUUCAAAGCUAAAUAAGAACAUUUACUCCGACAUCCCCCCCCAGGUGCCCGUCCGUCCUAUAUCCUACACUCCAAGCAUUCCAAGUGACUCCAGGAACAACCUUGACCGCAAUUCCUUUGAGGGAUCUGCUAUCCCGGAGCAUCCUGAAUUCAGCACCUUUAACCCCGAGUCUGUGCACGGACACCGGAAGGCAGUGGCCGUCUGCAGUGUGGCCCCGAACUUGCCUCCCCCACCACCUUCCAACUCCCCUUCUGACAGCGACUCCAUACAAAAGCCCAGCUGGGACUUCGACUAUGAUACUAAAGUAGUGGAGCUCGAUCCCUGUCUCUCCAAGAAACCUCUGGAGGAGAAGGCUUCGCAUCCGUACAGUGCCCGGGAGAGCCUGUCGGAGGUGCAGUCGCUCAGCAGCUUCCAGUCGGAGUCGUGUGACGACAAUGCUUCCAUAGUGACUGUCAUACACCUUGUCAACGCUGUAGUUGACACGGUGAAUGAAGAAGAGUCUUUGGCUGCUCCUGACCUCAGCAAAUCAAGAGGGUAUCACUGGGAUACGUCGGAUUGGAUGCCGAGUGUUCCUCUGCCGGAUAUACAAGAAUUCCCCAAUUAUGAGGUUAUCGACGAGCAGACCCCCCUGUACUCGGCAGAUCCGAAUGCCAUCGAUACGGACUAUUACCCUGGAGGUUACGACAUUGAGAGUGACUUUCCCCCUCCCCCGGAAGACUUCCCGGUGCCAGACGAACUGCCCCCCUUACCUCCGGAGUUCAGCGAUCAGUUCGAAUCCAUACACCCUCCGAGAGACAUGCCCGCUGCUGGUAGUCUGGGUUCUUCAUCGAGAAGCCGGCAGAGGUUCCACUUGAAUCAGUAUCUGCCCCACUUCUACCCCGUCGAUCUGUCUGAACCUCAAAAGACAGGCACUGGUGACAACGGUCCGUGUAGAGAACCCUAUGCCCCCUGCCCUCCAGGGUACCCAAGAAACUUUGAAGCCCCCACCGUAGAGAACAUGCCCCUGUCUGUGUACCCCUCCACGGCUUCCUGCUCUGAUGUGUCGGCGUGCUGUGAAGUGGAGUCUGAGGUCAUGAUGAGUGACUAUGAGAGCGGAGACGACGGCCACUUCGAAGAGGUGACAGUGCCUCCGCUGGAUGCGCAGCAACACACGCAGGUCUGACGCCCCGACUCCCCCCAAAGUGCCUGGACUUGAACGAGCCCGAGAUCGUUCCGUAAACGAUCUUCUGCCUCGUUCUCUGCAGAAGUGCUUAAGCGCUUUUUUUUUUUUUGGCGAGCUGGGGUGGGCGUGGCGGCCAUUCCCAGCGUCCCAACCUACUGUAAUUGGGUGACAGGUCCAUUUCUGAACAUCUUUUUUGCAUUUUACAUCCGUCUGUUUAAAAUAAUGAAACGAAAAUCAGUCCUUUCAUCUUGUUAGCAUGAUUCAUGUAUUUAUAGAAAUUUGAUUAUUUUAAUUUCCCUUUUUUUUGUAAAUGUUUUGUACAGAUUUGAUUUUUCAUAGUUUUAACUAGAUUUUCAAGACCUUUUGUGCAUUUGUUUUUGACCGAAUUUUGGUGGUGUUAGUGUCAUUCCCUAGCACCCUGAUUUUUCAGUGUAACCAGGGUUUCAUUAUAUGUCCUUUUCCAUUGAGGUAUGACAUUUCAUGAAGACAUUUCAGUAUAGUCCUUCGUUUCUAGCUGUACAUAGGAUGAGGAAAGAUUGUAUACAAGAACAUGUCUUAAAUGGGUGACUGUAUUUUAGAACUAUAAACAUUUUUCAUUAUUGGAAAGUGUAACGGGGACCUUCCGCAUACCUGUUUAGAACCAAAACCAUCAUGACACAGUUUUUAUAGUGUCUGUAUAUUUGUGAUGCGAUGGUCUUGUAAAGGUUUUUACUGAAAACUACCAUUAGCCAGUCUUUCUUACUGACAAUAAAUUAUUAAUAAAAUAUUUGAGCUUUA